GUGAGCACUAACGACUCAUGCUGCCACUUUUUGGCGUUACGUUUCCGGAAUCUUUGCAUUUUUUUAUCACCCCAUUUGUUGCUGUUUUGGUUGCCCGCGAAGCUAUCGAUUUUUUAUCUGAAGCAUUCGAAGUUGUACGCCGAAAAUAUAAUCGUGCCUGACCUUGAGUUAGCUGUGUAGUAGCGCAGGUUGGCCCAUGUCUCCUUGCCUUCGAGGUUGCACAAGCACCAUGGUGGGUGAAUAGUGAUCACAUAGUGCUUCACAUCCUGUAUGCUGCAUUCUUUCGAGGAGAUCCAAGGCAAUUAUAUGUUCUCAACGUGGCCAGUAUCUCCCUACAAAGAUCCCGAGGCAAGCGGCGUCGCCGUUCGUCUUUCAUUUCUCGAUGGCUUUGUGCUAAGCGGUCCAAUAUCCGUCUGCGAUGCCGAGUGUCUUGCGAAUGAUGCAGAAGAGUCACGUCAACGAAUUUCUACUACGGUAUUCUGCAUGAAUAUUGGAAAGGAGAUAUGCAUAUUUACACAAGACUCUGAAGAUAUCCCCAUUGAUAGAAGGGUCUUCAAAGCACCUCCCACGUGCCACUCCUUUAAACCUGGUUGUAAAGACGGGUCUCUUCUGAUUGGGUUAGGCAGUGGCGAAAUACAAUUAAUUUGCCCAUUACGAAAAGAUUGUUGCAAAGUAUACAACGAAGACAAAACUAUCGAAAAAACCGGUGUCACGUGCGUUUUGUGGGUUCCCAACUCACCCCACCAGUUCCUUGUCAGCCAUUCAAGUGGCUGCCUUUACUUGUACGAUGAGAAACUUCUUCCCGUCGCUUCUCCGCCUUCCUAUGACUUGUUUAAAGAAGGUGUGGGAUUUUCGGUACAUACGUGCAAGGCGAAGUCCACUAGAAAUCCUAUUUACCGCUGGAUGUUUGGAUUAAAUUCCCAUUUUUUUGCUGGUCCUUGUCUGGGCUCAUUGGAUGGUGCGCCUAAGCAUACAUUUCGUUCCGUAAUGACUAACGGGCAUUCACACAAAACAGCUACAAAUGGUGCUCAUUUAGAAAUGUUUACUGGCUCCACUAAUUCAUCACAUGCGCAGUCAUACGGAGAGGACAGUGCGGCUAUUAAUCAGUUUGCCUUCUCUCCUUGUGGAGCAUAUCUUGCUCUUGUGACGCAGGAUGGCUAUCUGCGCGUUUUGGAGUAUCAUGAAAUGGAGCUGUAUGGGUACAUGAGGUCCUACUUCGCUGGCCUUUUAUGCGUUGAUUGGUCGAGCGAUGGUCGCUUUGUUGUGGUUGGCGGUCAGGAUGAUCUCGUGACCGUUUGGUCAAUGGCUGAGCGUGCGGUUAUCUGUCGUGGGCAGGGGCAUCGGUCCUGGGUGAGCACGGUCCGCUUCGACCCUUACCUUACUCCAAUCUUUACAAACUCUCCGCCCGAAUGUUGUCAGUCAAUCAGUUCCUCACGUUCCCAUACGAAAUCUGCGAUGAACAUGAACGACAAUUGUGCUAUUAAGGCUGCCAUUACAAUGGACUCGAAUGGCCACGAAAACAGUUUCAUAUCUCGAACCUAUCGCAUUGGAUCUGUAGGACAGGAUACCAUGUUUUGCUUGUGGGAUCUUACUGAAGACGUCAUUCGCCAGGGGGUCCUGUUCAUCCGUGAAUCCGCUCUGUCACUUGCUUUGGAGUCGCACAGCAACUCUUGCAAAACGGAAUCAUCAAAUGCAGCUGCCGCUUUCUCGAAUGACGCCACUGGUCUUAUCGGGUCCUCUAAUACCGGUAGAAGCAGUUUGCGUCUGACCCUGUCAAACAAGCAUAACUGCCGCCUCGCAACCGGUCAGAAUGCUGUCUCUUCGGUGAGGUCUAGAAACGUGAGCACUCUGUUAGGUUUUCUCACUUUUGGAAAGCGUCGAUCUACCACGCAUUCGAGUCACACUGCUGUUGGUUCCCUACGUCGUCAAUUUGGCCCACCUUUGUCUCCUGAGCAACAACGUGUCACCGGAUAUGCAAGCAAUUCUUCCGGUGGUGAUUCCCCAGCUCAGGACCGAUGGAAUACUUCCAAUGGCGUUUCAUCGAACUCUUCCAGCCUCUGUCGCCCGACUGACCCAAGCUGCAUGUUUGAUAUGAACGAUUUAAGCGUUUUUGGAUCACCCAUGUGUCCUCGCUUCGGUGAUGUACCCAUUCUGGAGCCACUAGUGUGCCGGACCAUGCAUCAACACCGGCUGACCGAUUUGGUUUUUCGCCGUAACACCGUACACGUUGUGUGUCAGCAAGGCCUAAUCCGAAGCUGGUCGAGACCAUCUCCCUCCAAAGAAGGCGACUAUUUAGACGAACCGCUAAUCGAUGAUCUCGGUGUUCCCUGUGCUAUCGGACUCUCGGACACGGGUUCCUUUUAUUCCAGUUCGGAUCCACAUUCAAAACGGAUGGAUGUUUCCCAAAGCAACCUCACCUCAUUGACCUAAUACAGAUGUUUCACAUAGCAUAUUACUUCUGGUUGGUCGCAGCCCCUUCUCACCCACAUCUCGCAAAGUACGCCUCAUCCGUACUCUUCAUGCCUAUUUCGAUACCUCAUUCUUGUCUUCGAUGCGCUGUCACCCGUUCCCUUAGUAACCGGUUAACAAUCGUCUCCAAACACCCGGGUAAUCACAGUGUUAAUAUCCAUUUCGUGAAAUGUUUAGGUCAUCUUUUUGCACAUUGUCCCCCACGUGUUGCUUUAUUCCUCGAUGCAUUUCGUUUUGAUACCUCGUGUUCCUCACUUUAGAGUUUCUUGUUCUCCUGGUUAUUUCCACGUGAACCUCUCGCAUUACCGCAUAGACGUUGACCUCUUCUGUGAUGGGUGCUCACAGAUGAGCGUGUUGUUCAUUUGUUCGCUUAUUUUUCCGUUAUUUCCGAGAAGGAGACUUCUAUUUUGUCCUUUCUCUCGAUAAUCUCAUCUCUUCUUUUUGCGCUUGUGACUUGUUCGCAUUUCUUACCAUUCGCUCCCCGUGUCCUCACCUCCGCCACCUUUCGGCGCGUGAUUUUGUGCGACUUCGAUUCAUUUGGACAGUGCGUUUUGGUUUCAUGCUCUCUGCAGCAAUUCGUUAUUACCAUGAUACUUUCAAACCGAUGGCUCUUACAUUGUUCUCCUAGAGCCCAUUCUUCGCUAGAUUCUCGCUUACCUGUAUCUUUCCGGUCCUUGUAAAUUAAUCAUUUCCUACUGUGAAGUGCUUUUCUUGUUAUUAUGCUGUAUCCUAAAUGCACUCUCCUUGCGCUCUCUCUCCUGGACACCAU